CUGCAGCUGACAGCCGGGGAUUCUUGCCUGGAGAGCUGGAGGACAACUGCUGCCCUGCAAGAGUCUUUCAUUGCAACAGGGAUGAACACUGCUAAUGGGCUCUGCGUAGGAGCCGGGGCAGAGCUGAGGCUGCUUCCUGCAGGCAAACCCUGCCAGGGAUAUGAAUAAUGCUUUGUGCUGGCGGAUCUUUCUGGAGCCGGCAGACUUGCUCCCUCCUCGCCUCGGCUUGCGAUUCCAAUAGGAAAGAAGCAGGGGUGGAGACUACUCGUCCAGCUGCAGCCUUGUUUUGUGCGUUAGGUUUCCAUUUCCCAGCACAGCGACAGGAGAUCGUGGGUCACCAUCACAGCCUGCAAAGCGUGGCCGGACUCCAAACCAGCCCAGAAAUGGUCAGGGCUACUGGAUCAGAAGUUAAACCCUCCAACAACAAGCCAGUCUCCUACAUGGCGAGAUUUGUGGCCCCUGCUGUUGGAGCAGCUGUCGGAUUAGGAAUUGCUUUUGUCGGAGUCCCAACUGCACUGGGGGCAGCAGGAUUUACCACCGCAGGAGUUGCAGCUGGAUCGCUGGCUGCCAAGAUGAUGUCUGCAGCAGCUGUAGCCAAUGGAGGAGGACUGGCUGCUGGAGGUGUUGUUCCAUGCCUGCAGUCACUUGGUGCCCUAGGACUUUCUGGAGCUGCAAAAGGUGCAGUGAUGGCUACUGGUACUGCCAUUGGCGCCUUGAUCCGAAAGAGAUAAACUGGUCCCAAACUGCACCAUCUGAUUCAUGCCAUCAGUUCACCGCAAGAAGAAAUAGCAUGCUGGAUCAGCCCCACAAAAACCCCUGACUUCUCUCUCAACAAGAGAGGGCAAGAUCUGUUUCCCUCUCCACUGCAGCUGAAGUUUGAAGACUAAUAAAGCCCUCAAAUGCA